AUGAAGAAGGAAAUAUGCAAUGCCUACACUGAGCUGAACGACCCUGUGCGACAGCAGGAGCUCUUUGAAGAACAGGCCAAGGCCAAGGCCGCUGGCGACGAUGAGGCCAUGUUCGUAGAUGAAACCUUCUGCACUGCCCUGGAGUAUGGGCUGCCUGCCACGGGUGGCUGGGGCAUGGGCAUCAACUGCGUCGUGAUGUUUCUCACAGACUCCAUUAACAUCAAGGAAGUGCUUCUGUUUCCUGCCAUGAAACCUGAAGACAAGAAGGAGAAUGUAGCCACCACGGAUGGCCCAGAGAGCAUAGCACCUGGCACUUCUGUCUAG